AUGUAUACUACGCUACUACACUGGGGUAGGGUCAGGCUAGGAGCAUGCUACACUACUACACUUACUACGUUUACUACGCUACUACGCUGGGGUGGGGUCAGGCUAGGAGCAUACUACACUUACUACACUUACUACGCAUACUACGUAUACUACGCUACUACGCUGGGGUGGGGUCAGGCUAUGAGCAUACUACGCUUACUACACUUACUACGUAUACUACGCUACUACGCUGGGUUUGUACAAAUAACAGAAAUCAAAAUGUCUAGUCGUAAAACCAAGGGAAAGACUACUAAGAAGAGGGCCCAGAGAGCCACUUCUAAUGUCUUUGCCAUGUUCGACCAGGCCCAGAUCCAGGAGUUCAAAGAGGCCUUCAACAUGAUAGAUCAAAACAGAGAUGGCUUUAUAGACAAGGAAGAUUUACAUGAUAUGUUAGCUUCUUUAGGUAAAAAUCCCACAGAUGAAUAUUUAGAUGGUAUGAUUAAUGAGGCCCCUGGUCCAAUUAACUUCACUAUGUUCCUCACAAUGUUUGGAGAGAAAUUGAAUGGAACCGAUCCAGAAGAUGUCAUAAAGAAUGCAUUUGCUUGCUUUGAUGAGGAACAGACAGGUUACAUCAAUGAAGACAGACUAAGGGAACUUCUCACAAGUAUGGGAGAUAGAUUCACUGAUGAACAGGUUGAUGAUAUGUUCAGGGAGGCACCAAUUAACAAAGUUUCUUGGAGUCGGGCAACUAACAAGUUAAUCAGCAUGACGCAGCGGUACAUUGAAGCAAUGCAGUUUUCGAACUUGCAUGCAUAUGACAUUCUGCAAAAGCACCAGAGGAAUCGGCCUUUGGGUGACUUGAUGGUCAAACAGAAGUUUUUCCCUCAGGAACCUUCUCUGACUACAGAGACUGUUGAUAUAGACUUACCGAGGAAGCAUCCUAUUCCAUAUAGAACUAAAUCAGCCAUGGAAAUAUUAAAGGAUGAAGAAAGAAAAGUGCACUCUGUUUAUAAAAGAGCAAGAAGUGCUGUCUUGGGUCAUUCCAAGAAUAGAGUGAGAUCAGGAAAGACAUCAAGGACAAGAGACAUGAGUUCUACUUUAUCAUCUACAGUGCGUGUCAAUGGAAGUGCAGGUAGUCUAAAGAAACCUAGGCCAGGAAGUGGGGUGAAUUCCAGCUUUAAUUAUGCACAUAACACACCAACAACUCCAAGACCUAGAUCCCCUCAAAAAUCAUCAAUGAGCAGGUCUGACUCGAUAUCUGAUUCAGUUGCAAUUAGCAAAUACAACAUGGACCCUUCAAUGUUAGAGUCAAGUCACAGCUAUAAUGCUACUCAUCAAAAGAUUCAGAACAGAAAGAAUCCAGAAUAUCAUGACUGGAGUGAUGGCUUGUUUAAACGUGGUUCUAAAGACAGGGCAAAACAGAAUGCGUCGCCAGCUACUCAUUGGUUGAUUUUUGGUGGUGGACAGACUGAGAGAUCAAGGGGCAUUGUGGAUGCAUUUGCAACUAUGGACAAGGCAGAUGACUUCUACACUAUUGAGAGUGUAACAGGUAGUAAGGUGGCACAGCAGUUGAAGAGAGGAGACAGUAUCAGGAUAGGCAAGAAUGGAAAGGUACAACAGACAGAUCUCAAAGUCAGAAGGGAGGAUUAUAGCACUAAAAACAACAAUGAGAAGCUUGAAGACCUGGUAUAUAUGCCAGAGGAGAUAGAUGUGAGUGAAUACAUGUUUGUUGAGUCAGAGAAGGAGCCUGUUUCAUGGGAGGACCAGGUAUCACGGCCUGAUGCUAAAGUACUUGAACCCACUACACCCAGGCCACCAGAUAAAACACCAAAUCUGUGUGAAAACAACCCAGUAACAUUUAGAAAGCUCCUUGAUGAUGAACCUCGUCCAAAAAUUACGCAGAAAAAAACAAGCAAACGUUACAGAGUGAUCCAAAGGCCUAAGAGUCGUAAAGGUCACGAUAAUAUGGACAGAGUAUCAGGAAGGAUCACAGUAUUAACCCUGAACUCUGGUGAUGACAGUGGUGGAGAAAGUGAUGCCGAUAGUGAGGCUGCGUAUGCAGAAAUUCUCCGCAGUCAGACUGCUAUGAGUCAAAGAAUCUCAGAGCUCAGUAGGGCUAACACCCCUGCUGUGAAUAAACCCUCCCCAACUAAAGUGCCAAUGGUUGAUGAAAAACAGACUGCAUCAGUCAAGGUUGAGACAGUUCCUAACAUUACCCCUCAUGAUAAUAGCUGUACGAUGUGUGACCAUGAAGAUCAUAAGAGAGCCCCUAGCUCACCUACAGAACUCAGUCUUCAAAGACCACACACAGCCACAACAUUCUUUAGACCUGAUUCUGACCUUAAGGUUGUUCAACCAAAAUCACGAUCGAUCAAAACUAGAACUGUUCGCUCUGCUGGAAGUAAACCCACUCCAGUUACAAAUGGUAGACUUUUUUCUAGCCAAUCUGGUCAUAAACUGGACAUAAAAACCCCAGCAAGUAUAACAAAGGGAACAACUCCCCAAGGCAAUUUAGGCUACAUUAAAUUCACUCAACAUAUAGUGGCACCCCCUGAGACAAUUUUAGAGCGUCCUCAAUCAGGGGUUUCCUCCAGGACACAUGGAACCCACCAAAGUCUUCAUGAGUCACUCCUGUCCAAGAAACAAGAUAUAAACUUCAACUCCAGAUACAAUGCAAGUACACCUGCCCCUGAUAACACUCCCAUGUUGGGCUCACCCAUGUCCUCCAGACCUCUGACCCCCAACAUGUACGCUAGAUACACGGCAGAUUAUAUUGGUGAUAAUGGAGGGCCACCUGGCUCAGGGGGUUCAUACCAGGGGCCUGAAGGAGACAGGAACUCUAGUCUGUAUGGGGAAGACCAAAAUAGUGGGGGCAGUUCUCCAAGAGGCUCCAUCGGAAAUGCAGAUGAUUUUGAUGAUGACAUUGAAGAGGAUGGUUAUAUCAACAAUGCCAACAAUGAUGAUAACUAUGAUGAUAUCCACAAUGAUGCCAAAAAUGAUGAUGAUAAUAAUGAUGCCAAGAAGGAUAAUCAGCGGAAUGUUCAUUUUGAAAAUAGUGUUAUCUUUAAUGAUGAGGAUCCUGACAAAACAAUCGAUCAGUCAAAUAAAUCUGAAGAUAUUGAUGCGAUAAUUAAAGUUGAAGUUAACAGUAAUGAUCAGGCAGGAGAUGAAAUUGAAAAAUGAAAAUUAAUAAACCGAGCCUAUAGAAUGAUUAGAUUAGAGA